UUCUAAAAGAAUAAAUUAUAAUAAUCAUAAACCGCCUUUUGAAAAUAAUAUAUAUACACCUAUCAACCUCUCAUGAUCCUAUCGCUUUGAUUCUCUCCAUCAAGAUCUCUGCUCAGCCGUUGAUCUCUCUGACUCUCUAUAUCACACACACAAACACACCCAGCAAGAGUAACACUUAUCAACAUCAUCCACCAUGGUUGUGAACUAUAGACCGGUGAAGAGGAUGAGGAGGAUGGUCGACACAAAUCUAUACGAUUUCUACACUUUUCCGGCAGCCGGAGACGCCGUAUACGGCGGUCCCUUCCGGUCGAGCGUGCAGCGCUUCCUCUCGAAGCAUGCCCGUCUAACCUUCCCGCCCUCCCUCUUCCCUUGCCUCAUGACGUGGCAGAUCCAGUUAGGGAUCGGCGGCCCCGUCUCCGACGACGGUGCUCCGGCCGUCGUCGUUCUCUACAUCGUUGAGGAGGAUGUCACCAGAUCCAGAUCUGUUUACUGCGACCAGUGCCGAGUCGUCGGUUGGAGUGGGCAUCCGGUUUGCCGAAAGCGAUACCAUUUCAUUAUCAGGAAGGAGGAGGGCAGCAGUUUUAGCCCAUUACAGGCAGAAGGAUAUCAAAAGGAAUGUACAAUUUGUGGACAUACAUUGCAGCUGUCUGAUUCAAGAUGUAAGUUAUGCGGCUCUGAGGCCCCGGCACAUGACUUUGAGAAUUGGGUUUAUCUUCAACUGGUGGAUAACACACAUCUUCUGCAUGGUGUUAUUCACUCCAAUGGUUAUGGCCACCUUCUUACACUCAAUGGCAAAGAAGGUGGCUCCAAGUUCCUCCGUGGAAGUGAUCUAAUGAACCUUUGGGAUAGGCUCUGUACAACCCUUGCUGUCAGAAAAGUCAGUGUGAUGGAUGUCUCAAGAAAAUAUGGGAUGGAAUACAGACUAUUACAUGCAAUCACCGGCGGCCAUCCUUGGUAUGGUAAUUGGGGUUAUGAGUUUGGUGCUGGGAGCUAUGCUCUCACACAAAGUGCUUACCAAAUUGCAAUUAGAACUCUCUCCAGCAUACCUUUAUCCAUCUUUUCCUAUCAAGGCCGUAGACCCAAGACGGACCUGCAGACUCUAAUUGCAUUUUACCAGUCCAUAUCAGAACAAAAUCUUGUAUCGUUAGGGGAUCUCUUCAGCUUCAUAUUAAGGCUGAUACGUGAAAUUCAUGGGUCACAAACUGGUAUUUAUGAGAAGUCCAGCACUAUGAAUGUAUUGUGCACUUGGAUGAGAGAGGAUGUUGAACGUGUAGAGCAAGGUAUGAUCAAAGUGCUGCUAGCAGCGGCUAAUGAUUCUAGCUGGGUGUCAAGACGUGCUCUGAAGGGUGCCCUUUGCAAGGCAGCCUCACCAAAUCAUCUUGAUUACUGCCUCAAGCACUUGGGAGGGAAGAUAGCAACAAAUGGGAUGGUGGUUAGCCAACGAUGCAAUCCCGGUUCUUCUGCCAUUGAGUACAGGCUUGAACCUUGUGGUUUCGUACACAAAGGAACUUGCUCAAACUCAAAUAUCCCAUCAGAAGAGCAUCUCAUUCGUGAUUUGAAAUUUUUAUACGAUUCUAUUCUCCAUCCACAAACGAUGGUGAACAACAGGCCUCAAGCAACAAGAAAACUAGUGGCUGAAUCAGCUACUAAACUCCUCGACUGCAAGCAAUUUGUAAAAGACUACAAACCUGACAAAAUGGCAGCUACAAAACCCUUUGCUAUCAACCUCUGGUGUCAUGUGGAACUUGCAGGCCGUUCUAAAGAAGACUCGGUCCCACCUCCAGAACUUAUUGUCCUGCCAGAAAAUGCUACUGUUGCUGACUUAAAACUUGAAGCUACUAAAGCUUUUCGAGAAGUGUAUGCCAUGUUUAAGAGGUUUGAAACUGAUGAAAUUCUUGACUUUGGUCCUAUAGAUGAUUCCAUGACAUUGAAACUUUUGGUCGGAUUGACUGGGUCAGUUCGAGUUCGAGGAAGGUGCCAGGGAACACAUGGUCUUAGUCGCUUUAAAACCGAAAGGGGAACUGAGAACUGGACGGUAGAUUGCAUGUGUGGGGCUAGGGACGAUGACGGUGAGAGGAUGUUGGCUUGUGACACUUGUGGUGUGUGGCAGCACACAAGGUGUGCUGGAAUUGAUAAUUAUGAUGAAAUCCCUGCAAAUUUUAUCUGCAUGAGAUGUUUAAACUCAAAUGUAUCUAAGAAGGUUGUGCAGUUUAGUGAAGAGAGUAGUGGUUUGCUGUCCAGCAGAAGUUGCAGGGAUGAAUCAGCUAUAGCUAAUAGCCCUAGGCUUCGUACUAAAUUAAGAGUGAAUUUUAAUGUUAGUUGA